ACGGCUAAAGACGCCCUACGUGUCCUGCGGUCCCUACCGGAUGCUGAGACUCUGGUUGCCACCUUGAAGCAGCUUCUCUCCGAAGACGGCUUGAAUGGCUUCAACUUAGCCGCCCCCGGACCCGUGCAGACCCAGAUACUUAGCACUCUGGUCAAUGAUCUUCUACCCACUUUUUGGCCCGCACUGCACGGAGCAGACAGAGACCUGCUCCUCAAGUGCUUUUGCAACGUCAGUGGCCUCAAUGCUCUGCUUGCGAAGCUGCGCGCGAUUUUCAGAGCAGAAGUGGACAAGCUGGAGAGGCUCGCAGAACUACAGAGCCUAUUAGGGGCAUUUCAGGCCCUAAUGAGAGGCGACAAUGUGAUCUUAAACCUGUGGACAUGUCUGCAGCUUGCCACCCUUGAUCAGACCAAGCGAGACCUUCUCUGGAAGGAGCUUGCCGUUACUGUGACCUCCGGUAAGAUAAUAUCAACUGUAGCGCAAGCCGAAGACGUCACGAAUUAUAGUCAAUCAAAUACACUUAGCCCAAAGUGUUGGCUUUCGAACGGUGCUGAGUACGCCAGAUGGCUCGGGAGAAAUAUUGCGCAGCUGGCUGUUCAUGAGCCGCAUCACUAUGAUAGCAGCGUAUCCCGCGCGAUGCAGGACGCCGCGCAAAUGCUAGCGAAGUCACUCAACCUGGGCUACUCGAGCAGUCUAAUCGGUGGACUCAUUUCUACUUUAAUCGCGCACGACUGUGAAAAGUUACGGUCAAUUUUUACUCUUUUGCCUGCUCAUGCCAAAAGACGAUUUCUGGAACAGACCCUUCGUUGGCUAUCCACAGUCGCAACGUCGUCUUCCUAUACUGCAGUUUCAGAGACAACAAGCCUCCAUACGGACAUCGAAGCGAUUGCGUUUUUCCUCUCGGCCCUGUUAACAGACGAGCAGUCCAUCUCGUUUCUCACAGCCGUCUUGUACAACCCUACUCUGGCGGCUGCGUACUCUCGUCCCGUCAUACGCGCCAGCAUCGCCGCUUUGGCGCACACUCCGACGUCGUCAUCCCUGGAAACGAUUCUCGAGUGCACCAUGAGCACGUUCAACGAUCGCCUCUUCAUUGAACAUGCACCAAUCUUGCAGCAGGAAGUUAUCGCUCAGGUCAUGCUCAUGACCGCGGGUUAUCUGCAUCGACGAAGUCCGAUGUCAGUCUUGCUGAUCUCACGCUCAAGCCAGCAUAUGCAGGGUACUAGCAAUCGUCUUGACACAUCAGGCAAUCGAGCGAGAUGGCUGGGGAUGAUUGUUGCUACGAGUAUAUCAAGUCUAGUGGAUAAAGAGGGUAGCCGAAUGGACUUUGCAACUAAUGAUGUACGGACGGAGGAGGCGGUGUGGUACCUUGGCCUUGUCAGAGUUCAAGAUGGGAUUGGCAGUUUACAAGACUUCUCUAGGCUGAUUCACAACAUCACGGCAGGAAAGCGGCUCCCUCCACAGCCAGUCUUUGGUCCACCGCGCCCACCACCUCCGCCAGUACAGUCAGAAGUCAUUGGCGAGAAGGUCACCGAGAUCGUUGACGCAGACGACGAAGACGAGCAAAACAAUGACGGCCUUAAACCGUAUGCUAAGCCAGAUAGCGACCCAGAAGACAGCGACGACGAUGCCACUCUCGUCAACCGCAACAAGCCGCGACCACCAGUCUAUAUUCGGGACUUGAUGACCAUGCUCCGCGACGACAAGGAUCACGACCGCUUUCAGCUGGGCAUCAAGCACGCCGCGCCGCUCGUUCGUCGGAAGUCGAACUUCGGCAGUGAGGUCAAGGACCACGCAGAGGAGUUAUUGAGCUUGCUGUGCAAUCUUCAGGAUCCGUUUGACACCGACAACUUCGACGACCUCAGAUUGAGGGCGAUGAUCGCAGUACUUCUCAGUGACGUGGAGGCGUUGGGACCGUGGCUGAGCAAGCAGGUGUUUGUCGAGGGCUACUCCAUCGCCCAGCGGGGUGUGAUGAUGACCGCAAUUGGCUUGGCUGGGAGGGAGCUUGCCGGUUUACGUCAUGAAGAUGAGAUGAACCCAGCCUUCGCCGAUAUAAACUUCCCAUCGAAAACACUUCAACCACGCUUACACGCGACCUACACCACGGCGCAGACGUCCAUGAAGCGAUUGCAGCAUGCCACGAACCGACUUGAAGACCGUCUGAUGCAGCCGCUAGCGCUCAAGGCCGCGGAUCAUUCCACAACCCACCUGGACGCAGUCAAAGUCCGGACGUUUUCAUCUCGUCUAACAAAUGAAAGUCAACGUACCGUCCGUAAACGUACUCCCAACAAACUCUCCAAGCUCCUCGCCACCGCUUUCUUCCAACCACUCAUAAGUCGUUACAACCAAGACCUUGCCUUCUACGCCUCCAGCACCGUUUUCGCCACCGCACCUAUAGUCCUGACGACUUUCCUUAAGACUAUCGCGCUUCUCCUUCACGCUUCCGGGCCUGCUACUUUGCACCUCCCAGACCUGACCGCAGCCUUUUGGGAUUUGUUGUUGACUUUACGCGUUAAAGCUGCGGGCGACAUCACAGUGCUGGAAGCUGUGCUCUUCUCGCUACUGACGAUGCUGGAGGUCAAUGCGGAGCAGAGUCGACAAAGGUUGGGAAGGGAGGAGCAAAAGAGGUUGGCGGAGACGCAGGCCUGGGCGGAGAUUGUGUUUGAGAAGUCUGGGGGUGCGGAGAUGAGAUUGAAUGGGGGCGGCAACGGGAAAGAGGAGGAGAAAGUUAGGAGGUUGGCCGCGGGCGUGCUUGUAAAGUGUGGGAAGCUUAUUGAAGAGUGGCGAAAGGAGAUGUUUGGA